AUGAUGUAUAGACACCUCCAUGACUCGGUAGAGAGGUUGCGUGGUAAGGUUGCCUCACCAAUCAAGGCUGCUUUUCUUCAGUCAUUGAAUGUGAAACUCAUGGCCUACGCUAGCCAUGUGAAUAACAUCUUUCAACGAUCUCCGGGUUCUCUCUUAUCUGUUUUCCACGAUUUGCAAGACCAGAUUGUCGAUCUUAGGAUAUUGUCACACCUACAGGAGCAACUUGAACAGCUUAACGGGUUCAAAUUUCUAGAGGAAGUCCACAGGUUGGCCGAGUUCGGUGACACGCAAGUGAGUUGCCUGGCUCAAAUAAUUUACCAGGAGCUUAAAAAAUCAUACUUUCAAUAUUUGGAGCAUUGGAUUCUCCGUGGUGAGCUAAUUGAUGUUAACGACGAGUUCUUUAUUUCUUUCAACAAAGAGGUCGACCAUAUAAAUGAUAUUAUUCGCUUCCAUAAUGAGCGUCUUCCUUUGUUCUUGGGACUCACUGAAGAUGAUUGUUCUCAUGUCCAUCAGAUUGGCAAAACCAUAAUUUUUCUUGACAAAUUUUGCAAGGAACUAGACUGGCUCAAUGCUUACGUCAAACACUACUUUGCUUUUAUUUUCGAGAAGAAUCAAGGCUUAUUGAGUCUAGAUAAAAGUUCCCUACAGGUACUCCUUCAGACCCAAUUUCGAGAGCUUGUGAAUUUUCUCAAUCUAGUUGCAUAUGGUAAAUAUGAGCUCUUUGAGCAUUUGAAAAAUUUGAAGAGUGUGAUGUUGAUUGGAUCAAGUGACUUUGUUGAGGCAAUCAAUGAGAAGGGUCUUGCCAUGUUCAAUGAGCCAGCGACAUCUUUAACUUCGGGAAAGUUAGCCGGUCUACUUUCCAGCGCCAUUAAAGCGUCCUCCAUUCGUAUGUUACCCCAGAGAUUUCAGCUGAGGAUUGAUGCCCGUAUAUUGGACCUAAGCCACGGAAGCAUCGGCUGGGAUGUCUUUACAUUGGAAUACAAGCUCUUUGAGCCCUCUCUUGAGUUGCUUCUCAAUAAUAGUGGCCAAUCGACACAAUACCUUCGACUUUUUAAUUUUUUGUGGAGUUUUAGACAUUUCCAUUUUUUAUUACAGAAAAAUUACGUGGACUAUGUCAGGUUACAAAAAGAUUACAUCCCCAAACUUGGUGCCAAAAAUGUGCAUCUCGCAAAAAGAGGAAUAUCAGUAGCACGUCGAAGUUGGUUUACAAAGUGCCUUAGAACGAUUAAUUUGAUUCGCUUUCGUCUAUUGAACCUUGUCUCUUCGAUACUAACCUUUUUGUGCUUCGACUUGAUUGAAAAUUGUUUCCAAGAAAAAGUUGUGAAACUGGUAUUUAAAAAGAGUCAUAAAAGUAACCCAAUGUCAGUUAACAAAGGGUCACGUAAAGACCGACAACUUGCCAUAAUUGACAAAAGCUUUGCCGCAGCCUUUGCAUAUGAGGCAAGUCCAACCUACUCCGACACGAAGCGAGUCUCAUUGGCGGAGGUUAAUACUGUGGAAAGCACAUUAGAUCAGAUUACUGAAAUGCACCUGAUAUAUCUCAAAAGCAUCUAUGAUUGCAAACUUAUGGAUGAAAGCUACAAAGGCAAGUCGAGCAAAGAGCCACUCAUUGAUCAGAUUUUUGCGUUUAUGGAGGUUUUGUUCGCAUUUGUUCAAAGCAGCGAAGAAUUUGGUUCCUCGGUAGUUAGUUACGUCAAUUUGCUCGACUUGAGCAAGUCGACAGAAUCAGGUGCAGGUGAUGCGUUUGAGGGAGAUUUGGAACAACUUCACGUGCGACUCAACGACCUCAUGGGAGUGAUGUACAAGGAUCUUUACAAGAAAAAUUUCGAACAGAGGCUCAUAAUAUUCACAAAGGAUCUUCGGGCAGACUUGGACCUUAAAGAUUUGAGCAAAAUGUUAUGA